CUUCUUACUUGAACUCAAGAAUCGAGAGUUGAGCUUAAAGAGGAUCUGUCAAUUUUCAUUCAUUAAGCAAUAAUAACGCGCUGUGUUUGCAUCUAAACAAAUUAAGGAUACAAGUUUAGGAUGUUCAAAAUCGAAUCGAAUUAAAUAACAUUUUAAAAUAAAAUCGUGCUUUCAUUGAUAUUGACUUUCAUUUUCAAAAGUUAGAUUUUAAUUGUAAUUAAAAUGUCAAAAAAAAUGAUCUUUGUUUUAGCAUUUUUAUGCGUCUUUUCUGUGAUUUAUGCUUGCAAUGAAGCUAUUUGUGCCAGUGUUGUUUCUAAGUGUAUGCUCACACAAUCCUGCAAAUGUGACUUAAAAGACUGCUCGUGUUGCAAAGAUUGUUUUAACUGUCUCAGUUAUUUAUACAGCGAAUGUUGCAGUUGUGUUGAUAUGUGCCCUAAACCAAAUGAUACACAUACGGAACUCUCAAAGUCUUCCUACGUUGAGGAGAUGCCGGAUAGUGUUCCAGGACUGUUUGCUGCAUUAACUAGUGCUCCUGACCAAGAGCAAAGGUGGCUAUCAAUAACAUACCCUAUGGAUAUUGAUGUGUCUGCUUAUAGACCCACUCCUGAAAGACAACUGGUGUAUCAUAUGCAGAGCGUCGAGCAAGAAUCGGAACCAGUGAGUCGUGACAUAGUUACCUUCAACUGUACAGUCGCGUACAUGUCGCAGUGCAUGUCCUGCGACAAGUGUCGGGCGUCUUGUCGAUCGAUGGGCGCUAAUAGCUUCAGAUGGUUCCACGACGGCUGUUGCGAGUGCGUCGGCGAUAAGUGUCUAUACUACGGCAUCAAUGAGAGCAGAUGUCUCGCGUGUCCGGGAGGGAAGGAAAGCUCGGAGGGCGCUAUAGACGACGACCUCUCGUAUGACGAUUUGGAUUACGGCGAAGAAGUCGACGCUCAGUCUGUAUAAAAUGUAUUUAAUUUAUUUCAAUAAAUAUGUGUACAAUAGAAUAACUUUAAAAAUCAUGAUAAUAAAAUCACAUUUUCAUAUAGAAUAAAAAGUAUUAAUUAUUGUAAGAAAAUAUUUACAAAAAAUUCGACAAUUUUAGCAUGUGAUGUAUUUUAUUUUAAAUUAUUUUUAAUUAUUUACUGUUCACGUUCUAUUGAAAUGAAAUAUACAUAUAACCAUGACAUAUGACAGUUGUUCUACUGUUGUCAUAAAAUGUUAUAUAAUAGACAUUUGUAUCUCAUCUUAGUGUCUCUCUUUGAUCAUAACAGUUAAGCCUCAAUUGUCCAGAAUGUGUAUCAGAUAUUUAUUGAAAUUGUGUUGAUACUGCCUUUUGACAUUAUUCUAGCAGUGUCGGACUAAGCCCGUCAGAGGCCUGGGGUGGCAAAGCUGAAUGAUUAAUCUUGAUGAAAUUAUGUAGGUACUAAGCACAUUUUUAAAGUGUUGUUUAGGAUUUGAUCAGAGGAACGCGGAUGCAUUUGGGGCCCCUCCAAGACUGGAGGCCCGGGGCAAGCCGCCCUUUCCGCCCCCCUUUUAGUCCGCCACUGUUUUAUCAUAAACAUAUUUGCUUAAAAGUUAAUAAACUAUAAAUUUAGAUGUUUAUGUAAGGAAUAAUAAAUUUAAAGUAGAACUGGGAUGUUCCGCUUCUGACAGGUCUCUCUAUUUUUAUGUCAGUAUACGUUGUUAGUGUGAGCAAUGACCAAGAGUAGCUAUACUGUUUAAGAAAGUAAUGUGUUCGUCUUACAGUGUCAACAUGGUUAUAACCACCAUUCUAUAAAAUACAUUAGUCUUGGUAACACCAUGUAUACAAUUAUAGAUUUCAAUUGCAGGCAUUUAUAAAGUGGAAUGAAAAUAAUUAAAUAAGAAAUAAACAUUAUAAUGGAUAAUCGAUGCUGGACCAUAAUUUAACUUAAAAUAUCAAUUGUCACUUCUAAAACACUAGUUCUAUGGCAGAAACAUAUUGAUGUUAAAAGCUAUAUAAUAUUAUGUAUUUUUCAUUUACUAAAAUGUAGAAAAAAUUCAAAUUUGUUUUUUUUUAAUUAGUUGCAAUUAAACUUAAUAUGAUAAUAUGCUUAUAAAUAUUGUAUUGAAAUAUAUUUAUUAAUACGACUCUAGAAGAAUGAACUCAAAUAAUCACAAACCAGUCUUUUUUAUAAGUAAAUAAGUUUUUAGGUAAGAUUAUAUAAUACAGUAAAUAAAUUUAAGAUUAUUUGUAGUCAGCAUGUGCCUUCUAGAUUAAGUUUCAGUUUCUUUAAAUGUGAUUAGGCAAAGACUGCUAUUAAAAAAAAACAAAAGAUCAAACAUUUUAAGG